GUCCGUGGGGCACUUGGUGUGUGCGCAGCACCGUGUGUGUGUGCAACACUCCGUGUGUUGGGAGCUCACUGCGUGGGUCACUGCCCGGCUGUGGGUCACUGGUGUGUGUGAGGAGCUCAGUGCGUGGGUCACUCGCACUCCGUGGUGAGGAGGAGGAAGGCUGCUGGCCGCCCACCCUCCCGCGUCCACUCUUGGCACGAGGCUCCUGUCCAGCCAAGGAAUAUCCGUGCUUGCAGCCAUGGCAUCCUCGGCCUCCGUGCAGAGCCUGUCCCAGCUCCUGGACAAUGCCCUCCUCACUCCCCAGACCAUCAGGUUUGGCGAUCUGCACAGCAUUCUUCAGAUCGUGCUCCAGCACCUGGGCUUGCAGAAUCUGUGUCUCCAGGAGGUGGGGCAGAGCCAGCACUCCAAGAGGCCCUCUCUGGCCACCUCCGUGGAGGAGAUGAAGGAGAAGAUGGAAGCCCAGGAGAACACCUCCAAGGCUCUCCUCCAGGAAAUCACAGACCUGAAGGCGGCACAAUCCCAAAUGGCGCAGCAAUUGCAGAAGAUCCCGGGGGCGCAACUCGAGUCCGCUGUGCAGGAGAUGAAGAGGGAGCUGAAUGAGCUGCAGGAGCAGCAGAAAACCAGCAAGGCCACUCUUGAGGAGAUGGUGGCCAAGACGGCCGACCAGCAGGCACAGCUGCAUGAGUUGAGGGCAGCGAUGCAAAACAUGAAACAGGAACACGCAGAGGCACUGGCAGCGCUGCAGAGUAUGAAGCAGGAACGUGAGCAGACACUGGCAGCGCUGCAGAGUCUGAAGCAGGAACGUGAGCAGACACUGGCAGCGAUGGAGAGUCUGAGGCAGGAACAUGGAAAGGACGAGAAUCCGCUGAAAGAGCUCCAGGCCACGGUCACGCAUCUCCAAAGGGAAUACGAGUACCUCAGCUCUGUUACCGGGAAUCUCCAGGGCGACUGGCAGAAGGAGAAGAAAUAUGCCAAGGCUCUGCUCAAGACCCUGCGGAAGCUGGAGAAGGACAAAGCGGACAAGGAGGAUGUGAUGCAUGAAAUCGCUGAGAAAGCAGACAAAUCCUCCCUGGCCAGCAAAGUCAGCCAGGACCACUUGGAAGGCAUUCUGGAGCAGCUACGAGAGAAGUGGGAGAAGAUGGAGAGCCAGCAGGUGGCCAAGGAGCAGGACUUGCAAGAGAUGCAGCAACGGCUCACGGAAGCGGUGGACGCCAAGCUGGACCGCCAGGAGCUGGGGCCUCUCAAGCAGCAGCUGGCCCGGUUGAAGACCGGUCUGGAAGAGCUGAAGGAGAAGGGGACGCAGCCCGAUGCUGCAGCUGGGAUUAAGUAUCCCCAAGGCCAUUGCCAUUGUCUGUCUUGUGACCGGGUCCUCAGCGCGCCGGUGACUGGCCCGCCUGUCGCGGCCCUUCCAUUGUUGCCACCGAUGCCCAGUCGCGUCACCAGCCACGGCCAGAAGGAAACCCAGCAGCACGGCCAAAGGAAAGGGGCAGCUGACUACAAGUUUCCCUGUGUGCCGCGGAGCUCCGGAGGACUCCACACCAUCACCUACCCGCUGAGGCACAAGCCCAAGCCACCCAGCGGCCCACCGCCAAUCCAGUAUGAGGAGACAGCGCUGUUGGGCCGGGAUGGCCGCAUCUACCGGGGCCAACGGAGGAGGCAGCAGCCUGUGCUCGACGGCAACGAGGGUACGGCCAGGCCAGGCUUGUGCCAGGAGCCCCAGGGUGUGACGGGCUUCUGCGUCAUGGCCCACGCCGUGCUCCUUCAAGAGAAACUGCCGAAGCACACCUCUCCCAGCCACUAGGCCUCCCAGGCCUGUGGAACUCAGCCAGCU